GAUUGCCUCGCAUCAUCGGUGCGGUAUGUCAAAAUCUGUGAGCUCAUCGUUGCUGCCUAUCUUUAUCACCUUCCUGCGAUGGAAAUUCAACAACGGCCAUCUCUCACUAAACAUCUAUUGAAAACAUCCAACAACUUUCCAUAUGACGCCGCUGUCAAACAUGAUUUUCUUACCGCCGCCGGAACUGGUACUCUAGACCACAAACUCCUCGCCCUCUGGCUUUCUCAAGACAAAAUCUACGCAACUCAAGGUUAUCCGAGGUUCAUAGGAUCCCUCAUCGCCAACAUGGCGUACAACAAGCCCCACAUCGUGAACAUGACCGAGGAAGACGCUUAUCAUUAUGUCUUGAAAGUUCUCAUCUUCUGCCUGGAAAACGUGGGACGGGAGAUUGACUUUUUCGAGGCAACUGCCGGAAAGUGGAAUCUCGACUUGACGGGAUGGAAAGAAAGAAUGGGCACGAGGGAUUAUCUAAAUGAGAUGGAUCGAGUCGUUCAAGAAUAUGGUCCCGGAAUCGAACAUGGGUUGGUCUUUUUGUGGGCUAUGGAACGAGUCUACCUCGACGCUUGGUCAUACGUGAAUACCCAGCUACAGGCCAGUGGUCUUCAGCCCAGUCAUAGUCCCACAAUUACCGCGACGACUUCCUUUGCAGCCAAUUGGAGUAACGAUGAGUUUAUUGGCUUUGUCGAACGAUUAGCCGCAAUCGUAGACUCCUUGGACAUCGCUCCAGAUUCACCCGCUUGGAAGGCAUGUGAAAACAUUUGGUCCAAAGUCGUCGAACUGGAGGUCAAGUUCUGGCCAGAAAGCGGUGAGGAGAGAACUCAGCGCACGGUCUAG